CAAAGACAACAUCGUUUUGUUUUUAAUUUUAGACUAAGGCUGCGCUAUUCAGCCAAAAAUAAAAAAGUGUGAAAGUGAUGAUAUUUAAAAAUGGAUUAUAGUGAUAAACAGAUACAACCAACAGUAGUUCUCCAUUGGAAUUACAGAGGCUUCACUGAGUUCCCUUUACAUCUACUAAAGGGUGAAGAGUCAGAAAUAACGGAUAUAUAUCUAAAGGAGAAUCUAAUAUCUCGUCUGCCGAGCGACAUCGGUAGAUUGGAGCAUCUAGAGAGCCUUUACUUAAGCGGGAACGAUAUAUCGGCGUUGCCUCGAGAGAUAUCGAAGUUGCGGAGUCUAAAGUGCCUGGAUGUUAGCGGGAACAGAUUGACGAGCAUACCGGAUGAGAUAGGCGAAGUGAGGGGCUUGAAGUUUCUGAUAUUGGAUGAGAAUGAGCUAACUGAGCUGCCGCUGAGGGUAGGGGAGUUGAGAGCGUUGCGGUAUCUAUCGGUUUGUGAUAACAAUUUGCAAUGGCUGCCCCAACGGCCCGUGUACAACCAGCACCACUGCGAGUUCCGUUUCUGGAGGAACAACCUGAAAGCCAUACCUUUCUCUCUGUGGUACCACAUGUUCAGAGACCAGCAGACCAGGAGCUUCGCGGUGGGAAAACCUCAAGCAAAUUCUACAAAUCAACAUGUAUGCCGACUGACCAUAAACAAUGAGAAUGGUUCCCAAAAAAUAGAUAUCCAGUGUCCACCGCAACACCAAAAUAUAUUAAAUAACACAUAUUCGCCGCCAAAUCUAUACGAAAUAUGCCGAAGAAGACUGUACCAAAUAAUAUCAGAAACUGCCAAAAAACUUUCAACAGACACACCAAGCAUUUAUUCAGAUUAUUAUAACAGAAAUGUGUCAAAUAUUCAAAAUAACUUCUUAAAUUUUAAUCUGAAUACCAAAAAUAUACCAAGCGAAGACAAAAAUGGGAAUUACGAAUUCAAAGUCAUACCUUCCAUCUUCAAGAAUGGAGUUAAGACAAAAGAGCAAAGAAUCUACGCACCAUCGGAUAUAGUGGAUAAAUACUACAGUUUUUUACCAAAUUUUAUGAAGAAGGAACUACGUGUUGGACCUAUAUCGAGCUGUGAGAACGCCGCGUGCAAGAAACCUGUCUUUGACUUCGUGUUAUAUGAAUUUUGUCUUGGGGAAAUAAUCCUCAUUGACAGAACGGAAACUGUCAUUCUGAGUGCUGUGUUCUGUUCAAAAACCUGUUCAGAAAUGUGGAAGCGAGGCAGAACAAAUAUUAUACCAUGGACCUUAGUACAAAAUAAUUAAAAUACAAAAAUUAUACAAUUA